UUGUCGGAUUAAUAAUUUAUACUCCGUAUAAUCAAACCGCCAGGCCAAGGCUGUCGAUAAUCCGGGAAGGAAAUGGCGGCGGAGGAGGAAGAGAGAGCAGUAUUGGAAAGGGAGCUGGAGCUUCAAUUGGAAGAGCAGAGAGACGCCCUCCACUCUCUCGCUCAAGCCCUUUCCUCUGAUCCUUCAAAUCCCGAACUCCUUGAGGUACAUGAGGAGCUUGUUCAGUCUAUAAAAGAUGCUGAGGAAGGUCUCCUCCACCUAAAACGAGCCAGGUUGUUGCUAGAGGUUGAUGCUAUACAUUGUCCGAAGAAAGAACCUGCUAAUAUUGAGGUGGAGCCUCUUGAUCCAAAAGAGGUUAAAGCAGAACCACUAGUGGAUGAAGAGUAUUCUGUUGGAUCAAAAUGUAGAUUCCGCAACAAUGACGGAAGGUGGUAUAAUGGCCUAGUCGUGGGGUUGGAGGGUUCUCGUUCUGCAAAAAUUUGUUUCCUUACUCCAACAUCUGAAAACAUGGUGAUGUGCAAGUUCUUUCUACAGCAGCGAUGUCGAUUUGGUAGUAGUUGCCGCUUAUCACACGGUAUCAACAUUCCAAUAUCCUCAUUAAAGAAGUAUAUCCCUAUGAAAUGGGAUCCAUCACUUGCGGGUUCCAGUAUCUGGGCUCUCUCUGAUAGCAAAGUUGGCCUUUGGAAAGAAGCUGAACUUGAGUCUUGGGAUGAAAAGCUUAAUUUGGGUCACGUUGUUUUCCGUGAUGAUGGAAGUUCUGCUAUGCUUGGAGCUGAAAAUAUUGAACUGUCCGAACAUGCAGAGGCUAGUGAUGAAGAAGAGAGUUACUCAGGUUCCAAAGAAUCUGAUUCUAGUGACUAUGAAGAUGAUAGUUCACAAGGGUUAGGAUUUGUUGAAAGCACGGCCCUGCAGCAUGGGGUCCAGACAGAAACGACACUGUUUACGAAGUGGGAGAAUCACACACGCGGGAUAGCUUCCAGGAUGAUGGCAAACAUGGGUUACCGUGAAGGGAUGGGCUUAGGCGCAUCUGGACAGGGAAUGGUGGAUCCUAUUCCUGUAAAAGUUCUCCCACGAAAACUGUCUCUUGACCAUGCUGUUGGAAGCCAUGAAGCUGAGAAUGAAGACAACAAGGUUAAGAAAAGAAGUAGAGGUGGUAAGAGGAAACGCGAGAAGAAAUUUGCAGCAGCAGCUCGGGCUGCAAAAGAAGAAGAGGAAUCAAGACCAGAUGUGUUUACUCUUAUCAAUAAUCAGCUUGCAGUGCAUGGAGAAACCAUGAAUAAUAGCGCAGUAAAGAGGCAGCAAAGUAAGACGAACAGGGAAGAGAAGAAAGAAGAUAGGAGGGCUCUGGUUGCAUAUGAUGAUGAGAUAAAAGAGUUGAGGAUACGAGCUCAGAAACUGGAAGAAAUGAUGCAGCGGAACAGGAAUGAGAAACUGGUUUAUGAAGCUGCUAUGAGGAAGCUAAAUGAAACUCGAAAAGCUAUAGCCAGUGCUGAAGCUGCUCAUGCUUCUGCAUCUAAUGCAGUUCAUAGCAAGGAAAAAGAAAAGAGAUGGCUGAAAUUUUAGAGUAAAGCUCAAAACAUAUCUUGUAUAACCUGAAUGAUUUCAAGGUCUUUCUAUUUAGUAUGAUGGUUCGUAUGAAUCAUAAUUCUUUUAAUGUUAUUUCUUCUCUUUUUAUUUA